CCCAGUGCCAGAUCCUCCCCCCUCUGACAUCCAUCCUCUGUUCAUAUCUCCGUCCCAGCUUGACUUCUAGGGAAAAACCACAAUUAGGGCAUCUGAGCUUCCCCCCGCAGCUGGAAGGCAGUUCUCACAAGGCUCAUAGUAUGUGAAUAUUCCCCCAGCUGAGCUGCCUGAUAUCUAAAGUCCCUGCAUAGUAUUAUCCCACCCUGUGCCCAGUCUGAGUGAUGGACUGCAUGUGGACUGAUGCAACAUUCAUUCUGUUCUGGCUUCAAGUUUAUACCUGGCUCCCUGGGCACUGCCAUCUGUACAACAACCGCUAUGAUGGUGAUAAAGUAAUACGGAUUGUGCCCAAAAAUGAUAUAGAAGCCUAUGAAUUAAAGGCUCUUUACAGCAAGCUUCAGGUGGACUUGUGGCAGCCCAGUAGUCUCAGCUACAUUGGGAAAGACACAGUCACUGACGUGCGUACUUCAAACAACAGUUCCCAGACACUGCUCACCUACCUGAGAAAUUCCAACAUACAGCACACGAUUCUUGUAAAUAAUUUGCAGAAGGUGAUUGAAAAGCAGAAUGUUUCUGGGACACAGAGAUAUCGGAGGUCAUUGUCAAGAUACAAUUAUGAAGAAUACCAUUCACUGGAUGAGAUUGAACGUUGGAUGCAUCACAUGAAUAAAACCUAUCCUCACCUUGUCUCCAUGUUUUCUAUUGGAAAAUCAUACGAAGGAAGACCAUUGUAUGUGCUAAAGUUGGGGAAAAAGGCCUCUAGAUUUAGAAAGAAAGCAAUUUGGAUUGAUUGUGGUAUUCAUGCACGGGAAUGGAUUGGACCUGUGUUCUGCCAGUGGUUUGUAAAAGAGGCACUUAAUACAUAUCACCUUGACCCUUCUAUGAAAAAAAUCCUCACUCUUCUGAAUGUCUAUAUCAUGCCAGUGUUUAAUGUAGAUGGAUACCAUUAUAGCUGGACAACAGAUCGUUUCUGGAGAAAAACACGAUCGAAAUAUCGGUUCAACUGCUUUGGGGUGGAUGCCAAUCGGAACUGGAAAGUGAAAUGGUGCGAGGAAGGUGCUUCAUUGCAUCCAUGUGAUAACACAUACUGUGGGCCCUAUGCAGAGUCUGAACCAGAGGUCCAAGCAGCUUCACAGUUUCUCUACAACCAGAGAAAACACAUCAGGGCAUACCUCUCAAUUCACUCGUAUGCCCAGAUGUUGCUCUACCCAUACUCUUAUCAGUAUGAAGCCAUUCCAAAUUACCACUGUGUGGCAUCAGCAGCAUCUAACGCGGUUCAUGCUCUACAAACAGCUUACGGUGUCCGGUACCAGCACGGCCCAGCAUCUAGCACCUUAUACUUGAGUUCAGGCAGCUCUAUUGAUUGGGCCUACAAUAAUGGCAUACCCUAUACAUUCGCAUUCGAGCUUCGUGACACUGGAUACUACGGAUUUCUUCUACCAGAGUCCCUCAUCAAGCCAACAUGUACAGAGACUAUGCUCGCAGUUAAAAAUAUUGCAUUGCAUAUACUCAAGAAGUGCCGCUAGGGUGGAAGACGUCAAUAUUGUAUGUUUUUAGAGUUUAAGUAUCUUAAAUCCAUGGUUCUAACAUUUGUUUUGUCAGGGACCCAAAUUAUGUAAAAACUAAAUAUUCUUCAGGUGUAAUAUCCUUAAAUUAAUGUUAAAACAGUAAAACAUUUAGACUCUGCCCCCAAUGUGAAGGCAAUGCUGCUACUGUAAAGAAAGGAUUAUGGGACCCUACCCUAAGUCUGACGAAUAUAAAAUAUCUGUUCUACCAUUGAAGACACACUAAAUGCACACUGGGACCCAUUUCCGGUCCUGACUCAGUUUCUAAGAGCCACUCUCUUAUUUUUGUUAUUAUACGAUUGCACGGUAUAUGUUACGAACUGAAAAAUGUUACUCUUAGAAACAAAAACAAAAAACAGUGUGUGUAUGUAUAGAUAUAUAUAUAUAUAUAAAAUACACAAUCCAGCGCACUCACUUAUUCACUAAACAAUGAUUUCAAAUCUAGUUUUAUUUAAAAACACCGCACCAAGGCAAAAGAUAAUGGGGGUUUAGUUACAUUAUAUGAUCAUAUAUUGCAUAAGUCUGCCACACCAUCAAUGUACCCCAUUCUUGGCAAGUCCUAUCCUAGCAGGCUAAUGCUUGCUCUUAUGAGAUUAAUCCACUUACUUGGGAAAUACUUCCUUACUGCGGCUCUCUGCAAGUCAAGGCUAAAUAGGGUCCUGGAAUGAGGCACCUGUGACAGGGAGGGGUGCAAAACCCAGGAGUUGGCCUGGACUCCCAUAAAUAUAAAUGAAACCAAGAGGGCUGCACUCACCUGAACAUGCAUACAUUAUAGGGUGCUGCUGGGGCCAAAAAAUACAAAAUACAGAAUCCAGCGCACUCGCUUAUUCACUAAACAAUGAUUUCAAAUCUAAGAGAUUGUAAUAGUUCUAUUUAAAAACACCUCACCAAGGCAAAAAAUAAUGGGGGUUAAGUUAUAUAUAUCAAAUAAACCAAACGUCUGUAUGAGCUGCGUCUUUUUAAAACAAAACAUUAUUUUGAUGGCUAAAUAAAUUUUGGUAUUUGUGAGAAACAAAAAGUUUUCUACUUCACUCAGAAUUAAAUGUUAUUGCUGUGCCAACGAUAUAAAU